AUGAAUUUACCUUUGGCAGCAGUGCAGGAUUUGGACUCCUACAAUUUUUGGCGAGGAUUAGAGCUUACAGACGGAGGAAACAAGAUGGACUGGUGUAUGUGGCCUGUAAGAAUUGCACAAAGGCUUACAUCAGAGGCUUCCACACCUCAAGGCAACUUCUUCUUCCUCAACCUGGCCAUCGCCGACCUCCUGGUGGGUGAGUUCCGGGGCGCCGGGAGGGCGGAGGGUCGCGCGCCGCGGCGCUGCACGUGUCACCGCCGAGCUCUGUCCGCAGGCGGCUUCUGCAUCCCCCUCUACAUCCCCUACGUGCUGACGGGCAAGUGGAGACUCGGGAGGGGCUUGUGUAAGCUGUGGCUGGUGGUAGACUACCUCGUGUGCACCGCCUCCGUCUUCAACAUCGUCCUUAUCAGCUUCGACAGGUUCAUCUCUGUCACCAAAGCGGUCAGUUACAGGGCUCAGAAAGGGAUGACCAGAAACGCAGUACUGAAGAUGAUCACUGUAUGGAUUGCUGCUUUUCUUCUCUAUGGUCCAGCCAUUCUCAGCUGGGAGCACAUUGCCCAAAAGAGCAUCCUCCCUGAAGGAGAAUGUCAUGCAGAAUUCUUCUACAACUGGUAUUUCCUAAUGAUUGCCUCUACUAUUGAAUUCUUUACACCUUUCAUCACUGUUACAUACUUUAACUUAAGUAUUUACCUCAACAUCAGGAAACGCACAUCCCUCAGAAAUGAAAACGUAUCACCUGGUCAAGAGGACUGUGAAGUGAGUUUCCAGGGGGAAAAAAGGGAACACACUAUAUUUUUUGUAAAACCUGCUAACAGACACAAACAUGAGAAGAAGAGAGCAAGCAGCCUUUCUCCCCCAAAAAAGGCUUCAAGGCUCAGCCUACAUAAGCUUGACAAUCAGUCAUUGAAUUUGAAUGUCAAUCAAGACCUUCCACCACUUCAGGUAGAAGUUGAGACCAAGGCUCACAGGAAUGGUUUCUACAAAACUACGGAAAGCAUAUGCAACGCCACCAGCAGAGUGGACAUUGCUAACACUAUGGCAAAUAGAUUUAGACUUUCCCGGGAUAAAAGAGUAGCAAAGUCUUUAGCAAUUAUUGUCUGUGUGUUUGGUUUGUGUUGGGCUCCAUAUACACUUUUGAUGAUCAUCAGAGCAGCUUGCCAUGGGCACUGUGUGCAGUAUUCUCUCUAUGAAACUUCAUUUUGGCUUCUGUGGGUGAAUUCAGCCAUUAACCCUGUUCUAUACCCACUAUGUCACAUGAGUUUUAGGAAAGCCUUCAUAAAGCUCCUGUGUCCAGGAAAAGCCAAAAUUCAUCCUCAUAUUUUUAUGUGAAAAAAGUGUGAAGGCUGACAAUUAGUACAUCAUACUUUCAGUGGGAACAUAAACUGGCUAAUAUCCACCUGCAAGUAUCAAGUGCAAUGUGUAUUGGGUAGUUUAUGGAAUACUGUUAAGUAGGUGCAAGUGUAGAUAUUUAUGAAUGUAUAUAAAUACAGUCAUCCAUGUAGCUGGAGAAAUCACAGCAAUGAAAAGAAAGGUAAUUUCUCAAAACUCUCUGGGAAAUUAUGCCAGCAGUAUAUUUUCUGGUAAUGGUGCACUAGUGUUAGAGUGCUGAAGAGGGAAUAUAACAUUCAUGGCCAGUAAUUAGAGUUCAGUCUCUCUCAUUUUUAAUAACUGUAAAUAUUGCUGGUAAGGAAUUUCAUAAAGUAUGUACCUUGAACCUGUUACAUUUUACCUGCAAACCAACUCUGAGAUGCCAAGGGUCUCAGCUGUUAAGUGAGCUGUAAUGCUUUCCCACACACACUUCAUGGCAAGCCAGACAAGAUCAUGACCAAUGCAAAACACUAAAUACUCGUGUCCAGGAACAGCAUGGGACAGGCUCCACAACAGUCAGGUGACCAGAGAAGCUAAGCACUUGUAGCAGAUAAGGGAGCACUGUCUAUGACAGACAGAUCUUGCUACAGACAGAACUUUAGGUAAACUUCCCAUGGAAUAUUUUUUAAACCAGUUUCAAUUGGACUUUUACUAGUUCUGAAAGUUAAA